GUGGAAACCUUAACAAUGCAAGAUUCUACCCGCAACAAGAAGUUAUUACGGCUUGAGAACGACACGGAUCCCCUCGCCUCCCCGCAGGGCCCAGCACGGCGCUACCCCCCGGCGGCUUCCCGCUGCUGCCCGGGCAGUGGCGGCAAGCGCGGGGCUGUCCCUCGGCCUCCACGUCGCGCCCCGGGCGGGGCCGCGCCGCCGCGGCGGAGCCGCAGGAUCUGGUCGGUCGCCAUCGGCGCGGGUUGCGUCAGACGAGGCGCUGCGCCGGGUGGGCACGCCGCUCGCCCGACCGCGCACCGCAAGAUGUUACGGGCAGCCCCGCGCCUGUUGCGGACCUUCUGCACGAGCUCCGCGGCAUACCAGCAUAAGCUAAAGCUAGCCCUUAUAGGUCAAAGCAUUUUUGGACAAGAGGUUUAUAACAAGCUGAGGAAAGAGGGCCAUAAAGUUGUGGGAGUUUUCACAGUGCCUGACAAGAAUGGACAAGCUGAUCCUUUGGCACUGGCAGCAGAGAAGGAUGGCACUCCUGUUUUUAAAUUUCCCAGAUGGAGAACUAAAGGCAAGCCUAUCCAGGAAGUAAUUGCAGCCUACAAAUCGGUUGGAGCAGAGCUAAAUGUCCUUCCAUUCUGUACACAGUUCAUCCCAAUGGAUGUCAUUGACUGCCCAAAACAUGGCUCAAUUAUUUACCAUCCAUCCAUCCUACCACGCCACCGAGGAGCUUCUGCAAUCAACUGGACUUUAAUUCAAGGAGAUAAGAAAGCAGGAUUUACAAUUUUUUGGGCUGAUGAUGGUUUGGACACUGGACCAAUACUUCUGCAGCGAGAAUGUGAUGUUGGCCAAAAUGAUACUGUGGAUGAUCUGUAUAACCGGUUUCUCUUCCCAGAAGGAGUAAAGGCUAUGGUGGAAGCUGUACAUCUAAUUGCUGAUGGUAAGGCGCCUCGUAUACCUCAGCCAAAAGAAGGGGCAACAUAUGAAGGGAUCCAGAAAAAGGAAAAUGCAGAGAUCUCCUGGGAUCAACCUGCAGCAGCUUUGCACAACUGGAUCCGAGGGCAUGAUAAAGUACCUGGAGCAUGGGCAACAAUAAAUGACCAGAUGGUUACUUUUUAUGGUUCAUCAUUACUUGAUGCUUCAGUGCCUGCUGGACAAGAGCUGGCAAUAAGAGGUGCUUCAAGACCUGGACUUGUAACCAAGAAUGGUCUAGUCAUUUUUGGUAAUGAUGGGAAGAUGGUAUUAGUGAGAAAUCUGCAGUUUCAGGAUGGAAAAAUGAUCCCUGCUUCUAAAUACUUCUCUGCUGAUGAAACAACUACCCUGGAACUUACAGAAGAGGAGAAGAAGAUGGCAGAAGAUAUUAAGGCUAUCUGGAAAGGAAUUUUGAGCAAUGUUCCUGUAAUAGAAGAUUCCACAGACUUCUUCAAAUCUGGAGCAUCCUCUAUGCAUGUUGUCAGAAUGCUAGAAGAGAUCAAACAGAAAUACAGCGGGCUUCAGCUUCAGAAUGAAGAUGUGUAUAUGGCCACUAAGUUUGCAGACUUUAUUCAAAUGGCUGUCAGAAAACUCAGAGGAGAGGACGGAGAAGAAGAGUUGGUCGUUGAUUAUGUUUCAAAAAAUGUGAACAAUAUGACUGUGAAUAUGCCAUACCAGUGUUUCAUUAAUGGUCAAUUUGUCAAUGCUGAUGAUGGAAAAACAUACGAUACCAUAAAUCCAACAGAUGGAUCAGUGAUUGCCAGUGUAUCUUCUGCUUCUGUGGCUGACGUUGACAGAGCAGUGGCAGCAGCAAAAGAGGCAUUUGAAAAUGGCGAAUGGGGAAGAAUGAAUGCAAGGGAAAGAGGGCGACUCAUGUACAAGCUUGCAGACCUAAUGGAAGAACAUCAAGAAGAAUUAGCAACUAUAGAGUCUAUUGAUUCAGGAGCUGUCUACACUUUAGCUUUGAAGACCCACAUUGGAAUGUCUGUACAAACUUUCAGAUACUUUGCUGGAUGGUGUGACAAAAUUCAGGGUGCUACAAUUCCAAUUAACCAGGCCCGGCCAAACCAUAAUCUAACAUUCACCAAGAAAGAGCCAAUAGGUGUCUGUGCCAUUGUUAUCCCUUGGAAUUACCCACUGAUGAUGCUUGCAUGGAAGAGUGCAGCAUGCUUGGCUGCAGGCAACACACUGGUUCUCAAGACAGCUCAGGUUACACCUCUGACUGCCUUGAAGUUUGCAGAACUCUCAGCUAAAGCUGGAUUUCCUAAGGGUGUUAUAAAUAUACUGCCUGGUUCAGGUGGCUUAGUGGGACAGCACUUAUCUAAACAUCCAGAUGUUCGCAAAGUUGGCUUCACUGGAUCCACACCAACUGGUAAAGAGAUCAUGAAGAGUGCAGCCACUAAUCUGAAGAAGGUUUCUCUUGAACUUGGCGGUAAAUCACCACUGAUCAUAUUCAAUGACUGUGAACUUGACAAAGCUGUAAAAAUGGGUAUGGGAGCAGUAUAUUUCAACAAAGGAGAAAACUGCAUUGCUGCUGGCAGGCUGUUUGUGGAGGAGUCAAUACAUGACGAAUUUGUUAGAAAAGUGGUGGAAGAAAUAAAAAAGAUGAAAAUCGGUGACCCACUUGAUAGAUCAACAGAUCAUGGCCCACAGAAUCACAAAGCCCAUCUGGAAAAGCUGCUCAACUAUUGUGAAACUGGAGUGAAGGAAGGAGCCACUCUAGUGUAUGGAGGAAGACAAGUAUGUAGACCAGGUUUCUUCAUGGAACCCACUGUAUUCACAGAUGUUGAAGACCAUAUGUACAUUGCCCAGGAAGAAUCCUUUGGUCCAGUGAUGGUCAUUUCCAAAUUUAAAAAUGGGGAUAUCGACGGAGUGCUGCAACGGGCAAACACCACAGAAUAUGGUUUGGCCUCCGGAGUUUUCACAAAGGACAUAAGCAAAGCUCUCUAUAUCAGUGAAAAGCUGGAAGCUGGAACAGUUUUUAUCAAUACGUACAACAAAACUGAUGUGGCAGCACCAUUUGGUGGAUUUAAACAGUCUGGGUUUGGAAAAGAUUUAGGUGAAGAAGCUCUUCAUGAAUAUCUUAGAACGAAGGCUGUCACUGUGGAAUAUUAACAGCCUCACUUGGAAAGUAAACUUUUGGCAGUUCUAAUCUUAAAGGCUCCACUUAAUACCAUGCCUGGGAUAUGCCAUCUGCAGUGCUGCAACUAAAAAACAAAUACACUCAUUCCAUAGAUAAUUUCUUUAAAUCAGGUCCAAAUUUUAGUCUCACAGAAAGACAGAAGCAUUUGGGAAUUAGCCUGACACCAUAUAAAUGAUCCAGCAACAGUAGCAGUAAUUAGCACAAGCCAAAAAUAAAAAAGUAGUUUGGCUUAUUUUUAAAAAAAUACAGCUGAAUAGAAAGUUCUCACAUGCCUACUUCUUAUUUGUGUGAUCACAUUUACAAGAACAUUUUAAACUUAGUUCUUAGGUUUCUUCUAAAAUUGAACUAAAAUAUGCAUAUUAUAUCAUUUUUGCUAUUAACUGGUUCAGAUUUUACAGUAGCAACUUAACAUUCUGCUCUGGUGAUUCGUCAGCAGUACAGAAAACCUUUGUGCCAUAAGAAGUACAUCAAUGCAAGGAAGUGCACUUACUAUGAUCUUUGUAUAGUACAUACAGAGUUCAACAUCCAUGUUAACUAUGCAUACCAAGCUAAAGUUACUGAAAAUAUUUUCUAUCUUUUUGUUGAAAUGGAACAUGUGAUCAGCCUGCAAUCUCAAAAAUGGCUACAUUAAAAGAUUAAAAUCA